CUACAUUCUUGUGUUUACCUUGUUAUCUUCAGUGUUUCCUUAGGUUACUGUUGGGAUAUUAAACAGAUUUCAUGUGGGAGUGGAAGCUUGAUAGUACUUAUUAUUAAUGUUAUAAAAAUGUUUUUGCAUGUUAUAAAGACAGUCAACAAGGAAAAUCAACAACAACACAAUACAAUUAUUAUUAAUAAUACCAAUAAUAGAAUUGUUAUCUUAUAGUAACUGAAUUUUGCAUUCCAGGACAAAAAAUACAUCUUUACGUAAAAAAAAAAAAUGUAAUUUUAAAUUAGGACUCCUCAAGUUUUAAUAUUUUUGCUAAAUUAAAUAGUACAGACUAACACGAUUUCACAACAAUUUGAAUAGAAAAAAAUACUCAGAAGUGCAAUUUUAAUUAUUUGUUGAUUUAUAUAUGUCUUCCAUUGUGAAAAAUAUGCUACAAGAACAAUUUGAAAACACCAAAAACAUUUUUUUACAUCGGACUGGGUCUAAAAAAAAAAAUAAAAAUAACAUCCAUCAUUCCGCUAGAGGGCGCUACCACCAAACAUCCACCAAUGGGGUUAAACGAUUAAGAAGUGACGCGUCAGCUCUCUCCUCUUCGUCUUCGGUUUAUUUCCUGACACAUCGAGCUCCAAACACACCAUCGUCCCUUUUAUUGGCUGUUCAACUCUGAUUAAGAAGAGUCGUAGGUUUAUUUCCGCCGCGUUUACCGAUUCCCAGAGAAACUAGCUUAAGCUGUCGUUAGCCGCGUGACGGUGAACGUCGGCACAUCAACAUCUCAUUGAACUUUAAUCCACCGAAAACCACCGCCGUCCACAAACGACUCCUUUUAUGAGGCCGAUACACUCCAGCUGUCGGUCCCAGGAUGAGGAGGCUGACGAAGAAGAAGGCUCUGACUCUGGUGAAGGAGUUGGACGCUUUCCCGAAGGUUCCCGAGAGCUACGUGGAGUCCACGGCCAGCGGCGGGACAGUGUCUCUGAUUGCCUUCACCCUCAUGGCUGUCCUCGCUUUCCUGGAGUUCUUCGUGUACAGAAACACGUGGAUGAAGUAUGAGUAUGAGGUGGACAAAGAUUUUAGCAGCAAGCUGAGGAUAAACGUGGACAUCACCGUGGCUAUGAAAUGCCAGUACAUUGGUGCGGAUGUCCUUGAUUUGGCAGAGACAAUGGUUGCGUCUGAUGGUUUAAAAUAUGAACCAGUUAAUUUUGAAUUGCCACCCGACCAAAGAUUAUGGCACAUGACUCUCCUGCACAUUCAGGAGCGGCUGAAAGUUGAGCACUCUCUGCAGGAUGUGCUGUUUAAGACUGCAGUGAAAGGAGCUCCUCCUGGGAAGACUCCGAGUAGGGACAGUUCAAGCUCUCCUAACGCCUGCAGAAUAUACGGACAUCUGUACGUUAAUAAAGUUGCAGGAAAUUUCCACAUCACAGUUGGCAAGUCAAUUCCUCAUCCCAGAGGACACGCCCACUUAGCUGCUCUCGUCAGCCACGACUCUUAUAACUUCUCUCACCGGAUCGACCACUUGUCCUUUGGAGAAGCAGUUCCCGGACUCAUCAGUCCCCUGGAUGGAACGGAGAAAAUCUCUGCAGACUAUAACCACAUGUUCCAGUACUUUAUCACCAUCGUGCCAACCAAGCUCAACACGUACAAAGUCUCUGCAGAGACACAUCAGUAUUCAGUCACAGAGCGGGAACGCGUGAUAAACCAUGCUGCAGGCAGCCAUGGAGUCUCUGGGAUCUUUAUGAAGUAUGAUAUCAGCUCACUUAUGGUCAAAGUCACUGAACAACACAUGCCUCUCUGGAAAUUUCUGGUCAGGCUCUGCGGCAUCAUUGGAGGCAUUUUCUCCACCACAGGAAUGAUCCACGGUUUGGUGGGAUUCUUGGUCGAUGUAGCGUGUUGUCGUUUCAAAAUGGGCGCAUACCGACGCUUGGAUGCUCCUUUGAACCCACAGGGUGAAGCUCAAAACGGAAUUCCAGCAGAAAAUUUCAUCCAAUGACAAGAAAACAAAUGAAGAUGCUUGAGAUUCAUCUGCUGGGAAUUUUUUAGGAAACUGUUUACACGUGGUUUUUAAAAAUGUGUCACUACUAUUCAUAAAGGAGAAAAAUAAACUUCUUUUUUUUAACUUUGUGGAUACAAAUUGUGAAUUGAUACCUCCACCAACUGCCAUUAAAGAGUUGCAAUAAUAAUAAAUCUA